CCAUGAAGAUGGAGUCAUGCAGCAUGAUGGUGAACAGAAUUCUUGCAGUCUUCUCGGUUAUGCAGCUGGGUCUGAUCCCCAUUACGGCUCAGAAGGAGGAACUACAGACUGGGAUUGCAGGACAGAAGGUGAUCCUGAACUGUAAAGACAUAACAAAAGAAACAUCAGUGACCUGGAAGUACAAUGCAAAUGUUGUUAGGUGGCUUGACACAUAUUUGAAAGGCAAAGGCAAAGCUCCAAUGACUGAUCGAUCUGAAAUGGACCAGAAUACUAAAUCUCUGAUGGUGUCAGACUUGAGGCUCUCUGAUGCUGGCAGCUACAGCUGUGAAUCUAACUCUCGCCCAGUGGUCACUAUUUCAUUGCAUGUCUUUGAAUUGAAAAUCUCUUCAAAUGGCCAUUUUCUGCCAAAUGAAUCUCCUAAGCUGAGCAUAACGCAAAAUUCAUACAAUUCCCCACCUGAUAUCAGAAUCAGUUUGUUCAACAACCACAAUAACACUGAAACAUCAGAAGUCUUAGAAAGAGUGACCCAUCACAAAUACAUACUGAAACUAAAGCAACUGCAGCCUAAGGACAGUGGGACUUGGAGAUGCCACAUCCAUUCAGACUCUCCGUUCAUUGACCAGAACAUUGACUUUGAUUUGAAGGUAUUAGGUUUUCAAAACUCAGCCUUGGAAAGAAAGUAUGCAAUUGUUGAAAGCAGUGUCAUCUUGUCAUGGCAUCUGAACUUCAGGGAGAUAAAAUGGAAAGAAGGUUUCACAGGACAACUGAAUUGGAAACAGAAGGAAAAUACAACCUCUUUCAUGCUAUUCAACUUCACUGUCACAGUCCAGGGAAAGCUGAAUGUGGCCAUAAAUAGAAACCUGCUUAUGUCUGACGAACCUAAAAUGGGAGACACUUCAGGUGUCCUGGAGGUAAAACUUAAUAAAGUCCCCUUCAGGCAUGCAGGCCACUACCAGAUGAAGCUGGAGUACAACAGAAGAUAUGUACAGAGCAAGAUAGAGCUGUUGAUGAUGAAAGUCUUGGCUAACCCUGUUGGGCCACUUGCCAGAGGGGCUAGGAUGACCCUUACCUGCCAGGUCUCUAGUCCUCUCCUACCCAAUGCCCAUCUGUGCUGGGAACGUGUGAAUGGGACUCAGAUGGACUUUGUGAAGUCAAAACAGCUUGAAGCACAGGUGGAGGUGAAUGUCAGUACUGCAGGACUGUGGAAGUGUUACCUUGUAGAAGACAAUAUCAGGAAGAUCAGCCUUAAUUACACUGUGGAGGAAGCUCCUGUUUGGAUUACCCAUGUUGUAAUUGGAGCAAGUAUUGGAGGCAGUGUGUUGGUGCUUGGCAUUGCAUGCUUGUGUAUAAUCACUGGUAUGAACUGGCACAGGAGAAGGCAACGAGCAAAAAGGAUGGCACUAGCUAGACAACACUUGCUGGAAAACAGGACGUGUCAGUGUAAACAGUAA